CAGGCGGAAACAUUUAGAAGAAGCAAGGUCAAUUCGAAGAAAGUGGGGGAGGUGGUAGCAGUGAGGGAAGAGGUUUUAAGCGAAAAGACGACGAGCACAAAUGUCUCAUACAUCAGGGAAUGCUUAGAGACGUAUGGCAUUGGUUGGUAACCUAAAUAACGUAUAAUAUCUAGUAGAUUUAUGCAAUACACUACACGUCAUAUAAACAAAUUAAUAAUCCAAUAGUGAUAAUAAUGAUGAUGACGGAUGAGAAAAAUGAUAAUGAUAGGGAUGAUGAUGAUGGCAAUAAGACCUUUAUAAAACGGUCUUUUCCAAGUAAAGAGUUCAAAUUGCCGAUGUAUGUCUCUGACUGAAGUGUUAGGGUAUUGUCUCCGCGUUACUCUCCUUCAUAUCAGGAAAAUAUUACAAUUGCUCAACUUGUAACUUAUUUUGACUUUGACAUAUUUUAAGGAUUUAAGCCAGUAGAAUGUAUAGAAUGCCAGAAAAACAAACAUACAGUCGAACGGUUUUGAAUUGUUCUCGAAUUUGUUUUCAUCUGUAUGCAAAUCCAUGCAAAUUACCUCUCCUUUCCAUCAAACAGAAAAAUCCUGGUUUUUUGUACUACUUUUCGAUUUGCUUCGUUUCAUUUUAUAUUAUUUUUGUGAAAGCAUGAUUCUUUCAUGUGAAUUUACGCUUUUAAAAGAAAAAAAUUCAAAGAAACCUUACAUUUACAACCACGGCAAUACAGAUAUACGUGUCUAUUUCACUUUUUCACACUGGGGUCUUUAAGCAUCGACGAUGAAAUAGACGACGACAACAAACUGCACCGUGAAAGGACUGGGUCGAGAACGUCGUUCACGGAUGGUAAAUUCCAAAGUCAAGCACUUGUACGCUUGCUGUGGACGACGAGUCCACAAAAAACAAAGGAAAUACGAAUGAGGUGUUCAAAAUGUCUUGUCACGGUCUGCCCUAAACGAUCCAUAGCGCUCAGCCUGUGUUUAUCUGCAGCUGCUUUUUCUCCCUUUUCUUUUCCGGUGACUCGGAGCCUUCUCUUUGUCCCGUUAUCUCUUCGAGAGCUUGGUCUAGCUUGGUCUCUUCGUAAGUGAUUCCAGCGGCAUUUUCCUCUUGGCGCAUUUUUGCUUUAUGCUUGGUAACAGCAAGGUCUGUCUGUCCCUCAUGAAACUUUUAUUGACUUCGAAUUUCGGAUGAUCAAGGACACUCAGCUUUACAGCUAUCUGUUUCCAUGGAUCUCCCGUUUCCUUGCUUCUAUACGGAUUUUGGUAAGUUCUAUAACUAUCACUUCUCGAAAAACCACCAAAUCAUGUUUCAUUUGUCCGACUACUCCAUCAGGCUUUACAUGCAUACAAAGAAAAGUAGAGCCAACAGUUACUAACGUUUGGAGACUAAUCACUACAGUGCUUAAAGAUAAAAAGGGCGGAACAGGUUAUGAUUUAGCAUUUUAUUCAAAAACAAAAACAAGAAAGUUUCAAUGGGACUCCGUGGUGCUUGUUCACGAAGAUCUAUAUCGAUCUAUUUUCUGGCGUUUUUAGCACAAGAAUGCAAAGAACAAAUACGUUGAAAGUCGAAUACACAAUCGAGAUGAAGUUUCUUUCAGGAAACUGGAUUUCGGGGAGGGAGAAUACGAGUAAGUUUACUCACGUUCACUGGUGGACGCCAAGCCCCGGGUUUUCUCUUUCUCGACAGCAUGUGGACGACGAGCCGAGCAUGUGAUGCUUGACUUCUUAGGGAUUGUGUUCAUUUUGACCGCAACUGAAUAUAAAGUCAUACAACACGCUUUAAGACCGCAUAAUGUGAUCUUUCUAGUAUCGUUUGUUCUUCUAUUGUCUCCAAAACAGUCAAAGUGUUUCACCAGUUUCCAGCUACAAAUGAUAGAAGCCAUUUGAUGGACAGAAAAGUUUGCAUUGAGGGCCUGUUUACAUGGAGGUGGGGGACCCCCGUUAGGUGAGAUAACAUUUGAUGGGUCACCCCACCAACCUGGGGUCCCCCACCUCCAUGUAAACAGGCCCUUACUAUCAACUUGAAUCAAUAGGCGCAAUUUAAUAAUAAUGAUGAUAAUAAUAACAUAUUUAACCAGGGUAAACCCGUCAGCUGAAGCUGUUAUAAAUGGAUGCCCUGGGCAACUAAAAAAUUGACAAUUAAAGGAAAAAAUAACUAUAUCAGAUCAACUAUCAGAAAAAUGUAAAAACUAUGUACAAUGUCGAUGGAUAAAAACUAAGAAUUAUAUAACUACGUAAAUUAAGACUCUAAAAAGUAAAAACAAAAUAUAUUUACAAGAUCUCUAAAAAAUAAUAUCAUUCAGAAAUGUUUUAAAAAUCACUAUGGACUCAACUUCCUUCAGAUGGGGUGGCAAGUUGUUAAAAGCCUAGGCUCCAGUGUAAAAUGUUCCUAUCUUGGCAGAUUCUGUACGAACUUUAGGAAUUAAAACAUCUAAAGCAUUACGCCUAGUCGAAAAAGAAAGUGAAGACCUAUUAAAAUAACUCUUAAAACGAUCUGUAGCAAUGUCAUGGAGACACCUAACAACAAAGUUAAAUUGUGAAUAGUAGAACGCGCCUUGUGGGACUUCCAACUUAAUUGGCAUACAGUGAAACCUCUAUUAAGCGGACCCCUUCGGGAUCUUCCUAAGUGUCCGUUUAAUAGAGGGUGUCCGCUUAAUAGAGGUUUUAAAAAUUGCGUAAUGUUUGUUAACGAUCAACAUUCAACGGUUACUCUGUACUGUGAUAACGUUGCAUGUUGUUAAGGUGGCUCCGUAAUUAACACAAGAGCAUUGAGCUGUGACAAACUUUCCGUCAUAACUUUUUGGUUUUUAACGCGAUGGCUGCGAAACUUUGCAAAGAACAACAAAUAUCAUUCGGCAAUAGUACGAAAUAUUCUGAUUUCAAUGAUGGUAAAUAUUUCUUGAGAAAUUAGCGCUUAAAAAGACCCUACUGUUCAAAGAAAAUCGCGUCUAGUAAAAACAUUUGCUGAUAUUUUUUACUGAAAUUUCUGGUAUCGGCUUUAAUUGAUAUAAUAAAUAUGCCAGAGGAAUUUCAGAAAAAUCGUUGGAGCAGAAGUCUGUAACUAAAAGUCGCUCAAAAUUCAGCUGUGAAAUUGUUUUGGAAUUUCAAAAAUAAAUUACUAUCAGGUAGAAGGAGCCACCAGUUUCAAUUUUCGGGACAAUUAAAUUCAACGUUUGCUAAUUCUUAAAACAAAAGCCGAUUGCCUAUCGUGCUAUUCUUUAAAAGGUACUUUUUAGUUUUAGAAGCACUAUAAAUUGCUCCAAACCUUGCUCUGAAGUAAAAUGACUUGUUCUUGGACAUGUUUUAAAAUAUCCCUUGGCAGUUUUGGCUCAAACUCCUGUUGCAUACCUUUUGAUGUAUUGCCAUGCAUUUUCAACGACUUUUACCGCUGUUCGUUGCUUCCAACUCAGGAAAAAGUAUUGAGAUUGGACACUACCUUGUAUCAGAGCUCAGAUAGAACUGUCCAGCACCUUUGUUUAUGACUACAAAAUGAGCACCAGCGGCAGUUCUGCGAGGAAUUCGCAUCUCACCCUGGGGGGACGAACGACCAUGAUGCCCAUGACUGUGAACCGAAUAACGUCACAGUGCAAAAUAAAAUUAUGGCAAAAAUACUGCCAGUGAAUAAAUUUACAACUCUCAAAUUUUUGUCACUCCUUCCUUCAAUGAAUGGGUAUUCUUUUUUCUUGAUUAUUAUGUUUUGCUCUGCAAUACAUGCAUGUUUAUACAGAUCGGUUCACAGACAUCGGCAUGAGCAUCAUUGUCAGUCGUCCCCCCCGGGCUGAGGUGCGAAUUCCUCGCAGAGCUGCCGCUCGUGCUCAUUUUGUAGUCAUAAACAAAGGUGCUGGACAGUUCUGUCUGAGCUUCGAUACAAGGUAGCUUACAAUCCCAAUACCUUUUUCCUGAAUUGGAAACAACGUACAGCAGGAAAAGCCGUUGAGGAUGCAUUGCAAUACAUCAAAAUGUAUGUAGCAGGAGUUUGAAUCAAAACUGCCUAGGGAUAUUUUAAAAAUGUCGAGGAACAAGUCAUUCGACGUCAGAGCAAAGUUUGCAGCAAUUUAUAGUGCUUCUAAAACUGAAAAAUACCUUUUAAAGAAUAGCACGAUAGGCAAUCGGCUUCUGUUUUUAGAAUUAGCAAACACGGAAUUUACUUGUCCCGAAAAUUGAAACUGGUGUCUUUGGUGUCUCCUUCUUCCUGAUAGUAAUUUAUUUUUGAAAUUCCAAAACAAUUUCACAGCUGAAUUUUGAGCGACUUUUAGUUACGGACUUCUGGUCCAACGAUUUUUCUGAAAUUCCUCUGGCAUAUUUAUUAUAUCAAUUAAAGCCGAUACCAGAAAUUUCAGUAAAAAAUAUCAGCAAAAUUUUUUACUAGACGCGACAUUCUUUGAACAGUAGGGUCUUUUUAAGCGCUAAUUUCUCAAGAAAUAUUUACCAUCAAUGAAAUCGGAAUAUUUCGUAUUAUUGCCGAAUGAUAUCUGUUGCUUUUUUACAAAGUUUCGCAGCCAUCGCGUUAAAAUCGAAAAAGGUAUGAAGGAAAAUUUGUCACAGCUAAAUGCUCUUGUAUUAAUUACGGAGCCACCUUAAAGAAUCUAUCUAGAGUUCAAUUUCAUAUCCUUUUAUUACCAACUUUAAUUUGUUUGUAAAUGCAAAGACAUUAACUAACUUCAGUUCUUAUUUCAAGUAAGUAAGCAAGUAAUAACUUUAUUUAACCACGGAAUCCUUAUCACCAAAAAGUGGUCUUCUAAAGAGCCGUGCACAUUAAGCUAAGACUUUAAAAUAUCAAACAUUAUUGAAAAUCCUAUAAUAAAUGCCAACUAAGAAAAUCUUAAUGUACAAUAGCGGAGUAAAAACAAUUUAAAGUAGUGCCCUGCUUAGCCUCAGCUGACAGGCUGUUCCAUGUUACUGCGCCCCUAUAACGACAACGUUUCUUUAGGGCCUCAGUGUUCGGUCGAAGAUUAUGUCUGUGAAUGGUAUUAAUGCUGGUGAAUUUAUCAGACAGGUAAUCGGGUACAAGGUUAUUUACAGUUUUAAACAUUAAAGAUUUCAGUUGCUUUGCACGUCUGUCAGUGAGGCUAUCCCAUUUAAGGGCAUGAAGAAUAGGGGCACAGCUGGCAUCCCAGCUAGACCCUGUGAUUAUGCGUGCAGCCCUGUUUUGUAGUUUCUCUAGUUUUUGGCUGAGACCAUUACCGAUACAGCCCCAGACAGCGCUGCAAUAAUCGAGAUGCGGAAGAAUCAACGACUUGUAAAUAGUGAUAAGGUACUCUGGGGACAUGUCGGUCUUAACCUCCUCAGGGCAGCUAGUACUGUUGCAACUUUACCGAUGACUUCGGAGAUGUGAGCCUCCCACGAGAGUGUUUCAUCAGCCUGAACGCCUAGGCAUAUUGACUCUUUCAAUUGAAUGCCCGUCGAGGGAUAUGUGUGGAUCGCUAGGGAGCAAAGAGAUUUUUUGCCUCGUGCCUGUAAACGGACAUUUAGUCUUGAGGACAUUAAGACUUAGACGGUUAGAAUCGAGCCAUUGCUUCAGAUUGCCCAAAUCAUGGGUCAGGGAUGAAAACAACCAAGGACGUAAUCCAGUACUACUAUUGUCAAUUCUGUCCGGGGUCCGCUUAAUAGAGGUUUUUAACAAUAGAAAUUAGCCAAAUACAACUUAUUUUGGUGUCCGCUGAAUAGGAGUUCGUUAUAAAGGGAAAUAUCAGACGUUCGUUUCGGGACCCAGCUUCGUGUCCGCUUAAUAGAGGGUGUCCGCUUAAUUGGGGGUCCGCUUAAUAGAGGUUUCACUGUAUCAGUUGAUGGUGAGUAAUAUUACUAUCCUUCAGAACAAUUCUUGCAGCCCUCGUAAUAACAGCAAAAAGCAAAUUGCAUUGAUAAAUAUAAGAAAAUAUAUAUGCAUUUCUGGAAAGAAAAAAGACCUUUACUUGACGUUUCUUAUAUUCCAACAUGCAUAUUUAGAAGUAAUAAACCGUUGAAUGACGACAGGAACUUAAAUGUAAAAUAAGUAACAAAUUGAAGGACGAAAAUGUCACAAAUGGUAGGAAAAUGCAUAUAAGAGAAAAAGCAUGCAGACAAAAGGUAAUGUUUUUCACUGCUCAGCAUAGUAUGCUUUAUCCUGCAAUGGGUGUCCGAAAUGGUCCCAUUACAUGUUAUGACCAGUUGACGUGACACGGUCGGCACCAGCCGAUGGGUGAUUGUUACACGAAAUGGAUAUGGAGUUCUCUGUUUUCCUUACUGUUUUCUUUUAAACUUGAUUAAUAGUAAUACUUAUAGUAGUGAUAAUAAUGAUUAAUUCUUCCUUUUUUUCAUUUUUGCAGGUAUUAGAAAGGCACAACAAAAUUUUUUGUGCCCCGAAUUGGACAAAAGAGUCAAUAAAAGUUGUUUUUUAGUGGCAAGAAGAGUCCUGAGGCAAACAACGGUAGAAAAAAAUCGAUGA